UGUCUGAAAGAGCCCACCCACCCCACCCUUACUCAGCUCACCGUUUUAGUGAGAGAAAAGUGAAGGCAGAUCUAUAGACACAUAAUAUAUACAAUCAUAUAUAGCAAGUGUAUGCAUUUGCUGAAGUUACAGCUGAGAAAAAUCACAGUGCUUUGAUCUCCAUUAUUGCAGCUUCUUCAGUCUUAAUCUGCCAAUAGGAUCCAGAAGUUCUCUGUGCCUCUAGGAGUUUGCUCUCAGGGUUGACAUUGGCACUUAGGUGUCUGCUGAAACUAAUACUCUUUCAAUCAGUGAUGAGAUCACGUAGGCUGAUAACGCUGAGUUCUCCAGUUUAGCAUGCAAGGUAUGUCUACUAAAUUGGUAGCCCCAGAGAUGUGAAAAUCAAUGAUCUUGUAAGGUAACUAUUAUCUCAGCAGAUUGACAAAUUUUGAUAGAUUUUGGGAUCUGUCUGUUGUACGUUUCUUUUGGAGUGGCCGUGUUACACCCGUACAACUUGGGAUGUCGCAACCUCAGCCUAGGCAACAGCAUGAAUUUCCUGACAUACAGAUGUUGCAGCGGCAUAUAAUGUUCAAACAGCUUCAGGAACUGCAGCGUCAAAGGCAACUUCAGCAAAUAGGUGACUUGAGUCAGCAGAAUUAUAUGAAUCAAGUUUCGGUGUUUAAUAAGCAGACUUCUGGGGUUCAACUGCCCCCUAUAGUUAAUGGAACACCAAUCCGUGACACAUCACAAAUAUUUUCUGCUGGAAACAUGCAAUUGAUGCAGCGUGGUUCCUCUAUAGUUGAUCAUGGAUUUCCAAAUGGAUCAAUUUUUUCACAAGGUCAAAGUCAGGCUGCAAUGGGUGUAUUACCGCAUCAACUUAAUAUGUCUAUAUAUGGAGGAUCUGUUGUUGGCACAGGAAAUAAUUUGAAUCCUUACUCUGCUUUGCAAGGGCUAUCUAAUGAGACAACCAGUGUCUUGACUAAUAGCAACAAUAACCAAUUGGAGCUACCCAUGUUGCAACAUGCAACUUUCAACAACUCUUUUAUGAGUGGACAGUCCAAUGCAUCUAGCAGUGAUUCUGGUCAUGUUUUCAUGCCGGACGUUGCUUCUGUUCCCAAACAAGUGUUUCAAGAGAAGAACUUCUUUGGACAAGUUCCUGUUCAAAGUUUGGAUGGACUUCUAGCUGGAAACUUCCAGCAAGUGAGUGCUUUGCCAAGCAAAUCAUCAAUGCAGGAAUCUUGUGGUAGCCGAGAACAAGUAAGUUGGUCUGCUCUCUCCGCACCAAAGCUGCCAAACAUGGGUAAUUCUCAGAGCUCUUGUUCUCUGGAUCCACUGGAACAGAAGAUUUUGUUCAAUACAGAUGAUAGUUGGGAAUCUAAUCUUGGUGAGCAUGGUAACUUGGGAAUGAGUGGUUUUGGAAGUGCAUUGGGAAAUUCAGAUUGUAUGAAUUCUUUUCCCUCUGUUCAGAGUGGUAGUUGGAGUGCCCUUAUGCAGUCUGCGGUUGCAGAGGCUUCUAGUAGUGAUACUGGCCUCCAAGAGGAGUGGAGUGGCUUGAGCUUUCAGAAUCCAGAACUUUCAACUGAAAACCAGCCCUCUAAUUAUGUAGACAGUGGGAGGCAACAAAGUAAUUGGAUUGAUAACAGCCUGCAGAAUGCUUCAUCACCUAGUUCAAAACCUGAGUUUCUGAACCAAAGUUAUAGUAUGAGCUGCAACUUCCAGGGUCUUCAACAGUUAAAUCACCAAUUUCCUGGACAGAAAGAGGAGAUACACUCUGAUUCUCCUAAAUAUGCUGGAAAGUGGUUGGAUUGUAGCCCACGACAAAAGCAACCAGUGAAGGAAAGUCAGCUGGUUCAAAUAGCAUCACCUGCUCAAAAAUCUUGGCCCAGUCAACAUUAUGAGCAUACAGAGCGUGGCCAAUCCCGCAGCAAUUUAACAGUUUUUGGUUUGAAUGAAGGGAAAUCUGGAGAAGUCAAUACAGAAGUUAAUGAGGAAAAGUCUCCAUUGAAUAAUGUUACUGCUGUACCAGAGAAAAGCACAACUGAGUUUAAGCAAAUUGUUGAUCAUGAAAUCAAUCAACAUGUUAUGAACUCUACAGGUGCAGACUCUCUUGGAAAAGAGAAUUAUCUUGACAGCAAUCAAUCUUGUGUAGGACUUGGAUUGAGUGGGAAAUUGUGGCUUCAUGGGACUACAACACAUCUCCCCAUGGUAGAUAGUCAACAAAAGCCAUAUCAUCAGACAUCUCAGGUCUUAAGUGGUAGUGAACAAAGGCACUUGGGGCAAUAUAACAAUAAUGUCUCUAAUAUUAUAAUGGCUCCCGAACAAGUCCAAUUGCCACGCCACCCAAGUAAUUUCAUUCCCCGUGGAGACAAUGAUGGACCUAUGCCUAGUCUUCUGGAAACAUCGCCUAGCUUUCAUGGCCAAAGUACCACUGCUGAUACAAGGAAACAUCUGCUACACCGGUUUAACACGGAUGGCAAAAUUGUGGAGCAUGGAACAGGAACACAGUUUAAUUGUAAAGAAUUUGUUCAAUCAUCUGAAAGGACCCAGAUGAAAGCCUCUGAAACAUCUUUUAAUCAGCCAGAUAAUAGCUCUUCCACUUCUCAAAGCAAUGGCGUAAGGUUGGGGUCACCAUCUCAAUGGAUACCCAGAUCACACGCAUCUCUUGAACCUUUACCUAUGUCGUAUAAUCAACUCCAAAAUCAAAACCUUCCUUUGCCUGCGGCGAGUCAUUCUCCACAAGCAAUGUUUUCUGGCCAGGCAACUACUCCCUCUUUGACCAAAGAGGUCUCUCAUGUAACUGCUGCCAACUGUCACAAUCAAGAAUUUUCAAUUCUGGAGACUAUGCCAGUCAAUAAGCUAUCAGUUGUCUCAAAUGUGAAUCAGCAACCAGGGCAGUCAAUGCUGCCAGACGUUCAAGCCCAACAAAAUCAAUUUCAGUUGGGAUUCCACAAGGUCUCAUCUAGUUUGCUUCAACCUACUGCUUCAACAACUAGCAGUCGUGAGCAUACUACAAGGAAUUCAGAGGGGCAACACAAUCAAAGCUCAUUUAGAGAAGGGGCUGAAGUAGUUGAUUCUUUGCAAAAUUCACAAGGAUUGGAUAGCAAGCAAGGGGAGCAGAAUAAGAAUUAUCCACCAACUCCCUCUGCAAGAGAUCUUGAAACUUUUGGCCAUUCUUUGAGGCCACUACUAGGUCACCAUCAAAAUCAGGUGCAGUCCCUGAUGAAUGCUGAGAGUGACCUUAAUAAGAUGUCAGGGAAAUAUACGGGGGCCAGAAAUAUGGAAAAGAACGAAGUGAAUGCAACACAGUAUAAUUUACUUUCACAUCAGGAAAAUAAAGUUUUUGGCUUCUCUUCAGAGACUAGAGAAGAUCAAUUUAACAAAGAUUUUUCCCAGACCCCAGUUCAAGAUAAUUCACUGAUGGUAAUGCUUGGUCAGGCUAAUCAGACUGUCAGUGCCAGCAUUGCUUCUAACAAGGUAGAAGAGGGUAGGAACAGUUUACAAAUGGCUCCCCCCUGGUUCAAGCAUCAUGGAAACUCAAAAAAUGGGCAGAUCUUGUCAAUGCUAGCUGCUAAGAACACUUUACAACAGUUAGCUGUCGGUAAGACCCUUGAUAACUUGCAAAUGAGUAGCUCCAUUUCGAGAGCAAAUUCAUCUGAUGCCAGUAAAGGGAGCAACAUAUGGCCAACUACCUCUACAGUUUCAGUAGUUGGUACACAGUUACCAAACUCGUAUGAGUUGCCUUUGAAUGUCUCAGACCAAAAUUUGGCCAUCAGGAAGUUGAAGAAGCGCAAGCUUGGCUUCUUUGAUUCUCUGCCAUGGAACAAAGAAGUGACUCAAGGUUCACUAAAAUGUCCAAAUAUCAGCAUGGCAGAAUUGGAAUGGUGUCUAGCUUCAAAUAGAAUAAAUCAGAAGGUGGAAAAUGAGGCUCUAUUAGUUGAAGAUUUGGCUCCAAUGCAUCGAGCAAAGAGAAGGCUUACCAAGACAACCCAGAUAAUGCAACAGAUUUUUCGUCCAGCACCAGCAGUCAUUGUCUCAGCAGAUGCCUUCUCAAAUUGUGAUAGUGUGGUGUAUUUCGUUGCUAGAUUAGCCCUAGGUGAUGCAUGCAACAUGGCUCAUGAUUUUCACAGGCAAUUUACUGCUGGUGAUAUGUCAUCCGACAAGGUAGAGAGUCCUGGCACACUUCAUGGCACAGAUUUCUUAAAAACCAUGGAAAAUUUCAUCUGUAGAGCAAAGGGGCUUGAAGCUGAUUUCAUCAGACUGGAGAAACGAGCUUCCAUCUUAGACUUGAAGGUUGAAUCACAGGAGUUGGAGAAGUUCUCUAUCAUCAACCGUUUUGCCAGAUUCCAUAACAGGGGCCAUAGUGGUGCAGUUGAUACAUCUUCUGGGUCCACUCCUGCUGUGCUAAAAUCAGCCCCACAGAGAUACGUUAUUGCAUUUCCAAUGCCUAAGACAGUGCCAGAGGGAGUAAAUUGUCUGUCUCUAUGAUCAUUGAUUGACUGGAAGACAACGCCAUGCCUGCAGGUCUCUGGUUUCAUGUUCUCUGGUAUGCAUUCAAAUUGCUCCAAUCUAUAUCCUAUGCUGGCUCACAAGUAAACACCAAGGACAUGCAGAAGAAAAUAACCUUCAAGAUAAGUUAGGUGCAAUUAAUUAUACCAGUGAAUUUUUAAAUCAAGGCCUGCCUUCCAUCACCUUUCAGACAGUAUAUAUUGCUUGUUGUAUAUUAACUUUAUGGCAAUCUAGUUCUAGUAGUAAGGAAAUCAUCAAUAUUAUCUUUUGAAGAAGCUAUUAGGUUAGGUGAUCCAUAUGAAUGCACGAUGGAUACCAAACUUGAUAAACUAUGGCUAGAUGUAUUAUACACGUAUCUGAUAGUUUAGUUUUUGAAAGCUUUCAUGCUCAAGUCUCUGCAUGCUCUGCAAUAUUACAUAAUCAAGUUGUUGAGUCACAGAAGUGUACUUGGGGGUUGCCAUUGAAUGUU